AUUUGGGCAAAGAAGUCGCCGCGCCUCGGCAGAGCGUGGUGGGAGCGCUGCUCGCGGCGGCGCUGGGCUUGUGCCGCGCGGCUCCUCGCAAGAGUUGUGGGGGAGCUCGCCGACCCCCAAACAAGCACAGCCCCGGGGCUCGCAUCGGCCCGGGGGGCAGGCGCCGCGGGGACGCAGCAUUUGAACCUGCGAGGACAGAGAGAGCGCGGGGCGGGAGGGGGGACCCGCACCCCGCCGCCCGGAGCGAUUCCUGUGCUUCUUGAAUCCUAAAAGACGAGCAGCGGCUUUGAUUGAUUAUUUCUGUUGUUUUUGCCUUCUUAUUUUUGUGGGCGCCGCUUCGCCCGGCUGCUGGGGAGCACCGGAAAAGUUUGCAGCCGCGGGGAGCGGAGUUGUUGCGGAGCGGGGAACCCUCACCCGCCCCCCAGCAGCCCGGGGCUGUGGACGAGGAAACGCCGGGACCGCCGCGGGGCCGGAGGACGCGCCCGCCGGCCCCCGUGGGAUGUGGCAGCGGCCCCCCGGGGCCGGGCACGCCUCCGCCGCCUCUCCCUCCCCCCGUGUGCCCGCGCGGGCGGGGGGGCCGGGGACCGCCGGAGACGCUCCUCCGAGCACCAGCGCCGGGCAGCCCCUUCCUCCUCCCCCCCUCUCCUCCUCCUCCUCCGCCCCUCUUCGCAUUGUUGCCGCUCAACCCUAUGAACCGCGCUGCUCCGGCCAGAAGCGCCCAGUAAAGCGGCUUGGAUGAUUCGCGAUCUGAGCAAGAUGUAUCCUCAGACCCGGCACCCGGCUCCUCAUCAGCCUGCUCAACCCUUUAAAUUCACCAUUUCCGAAUCCUGCGAUCGGAUUAAGGAGGAGUUUCAGUUUUUGCAGGCUCAGUACCACAGCUUAAAGCUAGAAUGUGAAAAACUGGCCAGUGAGAAGACAGAGAUGCAGCGACACUAUGUCAUGUAUUAUGAGAUGUCCUAUGGAUUGAAUAUAGAGAUGCAUAAGCAGGCAGAAAUUGUCAAGAGACUGAAUGCUAUAUGUGCACAAGUUAUUCCCUUCUUAUCCCAAGAGCACCAGCAACAAGUGGUGCAGGCUGUGGAACGGGCCAAGCAAGUGACCAUGGCAGAACUGAACGCAAUCAUUGGGCAGCAACAACUCCAAGCCCAGCAUUUAUCACAUGGACAUGGUCUUCCAGUGCCUCUCACUCCACACCCUUCGGGCUUGCAGCCUCCAACCAUCCCACCAAUUGGCAGCAGUGCUGGUCUCCUAGCUUUGUCCAGUGCACUGGGUGGGCAGUCCCACCUCCCGAUUAAAGAUGAAAAGAAGCAUCACGAAAACGAUCACCAAAGAGACAGAGACUCCAUAAAGAGCUCUUCUGUGUCUCCAUCAGCCAGUUUCAGAACAGCAGAGAAGCACAGAAACUCAACAGAUUACUCUUCAGAGAGUAAAAAGCAGAAAACGGAAGAGAAAGAAAUAGCAACUCGUUAUGACAGCGAUGGUGAAAAGAGCGAUGACAACUUGGUGGUUGACGUCUCCAAUGAGGAUCCUUCUUCUCCACGGGGGAGCCCAGCACAUUCUCCAAGAGAGAAUGGCUUGGACAAGACCCGACUGCUCAAGAAAGAUGCACCAAUUAGCCCAGCUUCUAUUGCAUCUUCCAGCAGUACUCCUUCCUCCAAAUCCAAAGAACUUAGCCUUAAUGAGAAAUCCACUACUCCUGUGUCUAAAUCAAAUACCCCAACUCCACGGACUGAUGCUCCAACUCCAGGCAGCAAUUCUACUCCUGGAUUGAGGCCAGUGCCUGGAAAACCCCCAGGAGUCGACCCAUUGGCUCUCUUUUUCUUUCCCUCCGUAGCUUCAGGCUUAAGGACCCCCAUGGCAGUACCAUGUCCUUACCCUGCUCCAUUUGGAAUUGUGCCACAUGCCGGCAUGAAUGGUGAACUAACCAGUCCAGGAGCUGCGUAUGCUGGUCUACAUAACAUUUCCCCUCAAAUGAGUGCAGCAGCUGCAGCGGCAGCAGCAGCGGCAGCUUACGGGAGGUCUCCAGUGGUUGGUUUUGAUCCACAUCAUCACAUGCGAGUCCCAGGCAUCCCUCCGAGUCUGACAGGCAUCCCAGGAGGAAAACCGGCAUAUUCAUUUCAUGUAAGUGCAGAUGGCCAGAUGCAGCCUGUACCUUUCCCUCCUGAUGCCCUCAUUGGUCCAGGAAUCCCUCGACAUGCUCGCCAGAUAAAUACUCUGAAUCACGGAGAAGUAGUAUGUGCAGUUACCAUCAGCAACCCAACUAGACAUGUGUACACUGGUGGGAAGGGAUGUGUCAAAGUUUGGGAUAUCAGCCACCCUGGAAACAAGAGCCCUGUCUCUCAGCUGGACUGCUUGAACAGAGAUAACUACAUCCGUUCCUGCAGAUUACUCCCAGACGGCCGCACCCUGAUAGUUGGUGGGGAAGCCAGCACGUUAUCCAUUUGGGACUUGGCAGCUCCAACUCCACGUAUAAAAGCAGAGCUGACAUCCUCUGCCCCAGCCUGCUACGCUCUAGCUAUCAGCCCUGACUCCAAGGUCUGCUUCUCCUGCUGUAGCGAUGGGAACAUUGCAGUGUGGGACCUGCACAACCAGACUUUAGUCAGGCAAUUCCAGGGCCACACAGAUGGAGCCAGCUGUAUUGACAUUUCUAAUGACGGCACCAAGCUCUGGACGGGAGGUUUGGACAAUACAGUCAGAUCUUGGGACCUCAGAGAAGGGAGACAGCUACAACAGCAUGACUUCACAUCACAGAUCUUCUCACUGGGCUAUUGUCCAACUGGUGAAUGGUUGGCAGUAGGAAUGGAGAACAGUAACGUUGAAGUUCUGCAUGUUACUAAACCAGACAAGUAUCAGCUACAUCUUCAUGAGAGCUGUGUGUUAUCGCUCAAAUUUGCUCACUGUGGCAAAUGGUUUGUAAGCACUGGAAAAGAUAAUCUUCUUAAUGCCUGGAGAACACCUUAUGGAGCCAGUAUAUUCCAGUCCAAAGAGUCCUCAUCUGUGCUUAGCUGUGAUAUCUCUGUGGAUGACAAAUACAUUGUCACUGGCUCUGGGGACAAGAAGGCAACAGUCUAUGAAGUUAUUUAUUAAAGACAAAUCUGAAUGCAAAAAGGACUCCUCCUCGUAGCACUUUGCUGUAUAUUCCUUUCUUCCCCUCCUCCACCCAAAAUGAGGACCAUCACAGUUGUGGAGUUUAUUUUUUCCUCUCCUAAUUUGCAAUUCAAUUGUGAAUGCUCAUUAAGAACUUGUGAUACCAAAUCUUCAGAUAUCUACUUGGAAGAAGAUGGAAUAAGCAUACUUAACAGUGAACUGACUCUUUAAUUAUGUAUUAUAGCUGUAAUAUAUUUAUUUUUGUUUAAAGAAGGCUUUCUAACAAUGAACUGACUAAAUAAAGGUGUCUGGCCCUGUCUUGGUUUGAAAGAGAGAAGUACAAUAACUUGCCUCAAACAAUCACCUUUAUCCCUUCUGGAUGCUUUGGCCACAUUUCUUUGAAAAGGGAGAUGUGUGUCUUUGGGCAAUUUAGCAGUUACAAGAGAUUAUGGGAAAUAUUUGAUAUAUUCAUUGGAAACCACACAGAAAUAAGAAUGGAUUCCUACGCAUGUACAAACUACAAAAGCAAGGACCUCAGAGGUAGGAUUUACAAGAGCACUCAUUCUGAAGUACAGAAAAGAAUGGAUUCUCACUUGAGAGAAGGACUUGCUUUAUUUGCCACAAGUUCUAUCCACGGCUUAGUUGGAUGUCCCUGAAAUGGAUGCAGGCUGAGCCAUCAUGCCAGAGACAUUGUGUUAUCUUUUUAUGUUGUUGUUGUUGCUGUUAAACUAUGAUCUGUGAUUUUUUUUUGAAUGCUUUAAAAAAAAUCUUUAAGUCUGUGGAUCUGCUGAUGUACAGUGCCUUUGCUGCUAUGGAUCAAAAUCAAAAGAACUGUGUAGAUAAAUCUUAUUGUAUAAGUAGAAAAUUACUUAAUUUGAUACUAGAAAUGGAUUGAUGCUGCAAGUUAAAAUGGACUGUUCAUUGAAGUUCCAAAUGUGGUAGCAAAAAAUGGUGUCUUAAGUGCUUAGUGUUUGAUGUCAUUAACAGUUUCGUAAUACUCUACAGUGUAGAAAGAUUUUGAUACUAAACUGUGUCAUUGUACAUAGUUCUAAUGCAUUGUAUUGACCCACCAGUACUUCUAUAAUGGUAGAUUAUUGUUUGUGCAUUCAGACUUUUAAGCAUUAAACAUAAGUAACUUCUAAGAUGUAUUAUAUUUUCUGUUUUUUCCCCUUUUUGGAUUGGCUAACCUCAGUAGUUGAACAGCUUGGUGUAAAGAGUUAUAGGCAAUAGAAGAGAAAGUUUUCAAGUUACACAACAUACACCCAUGGGUGUUUUAGAAAAGAGCAGUCUGUUUUUCAGAGUACACUAUUCAUCAGAAUACCUAAAGGUAUUUUAAUGCAAUGAUUCUCAUACUUAAAUGCAGUUUUUGCCUCUCGUUGAUCAGAGGGAAGGCUCGGGGCCUAUGGCAAUCAGCCUCAGGGGUUGCAAAAAGGCAAAUCCUAUGCUUUUCUGCAGAAAACGAAUUUCAAGGAUCUCUGCUGAUGUCCUGUCAAGCUUGGGGUGCCCAAGACCUCUUCUCUAUGUUGGAAUGACUUGUGUUUGAUGGGUUGCUAAUGUACCCACAAGGUGAAUGGGAAAUGGGAAAUGAUGUUGGUUUAGAAUUUAGCACCCAGGCUGUACCCUGAAGGAACUGAUUCAAAGUUCAUCGACAUCAUUGAAAAGAUUUUCAUUGACUUCGGUGGACUUUGAGCCUACAAACUCAAUCGAACACCUGCUUUGGUCAACAGAAAGACUAUUGUUGCUUUCUGGGUAUAGGUUUAUGAAUAGCUAUUGGAAAUCAUUGCUUUACUAAAUUAAAAUGGCACUUUACCACCCUGAAUCAAUGACUAGUAUUGUAAAUAAUUUCAUAAUGCUUAUUGGUAGAGAAGAGUGGAGGGGGAUGUACUAACUUUUCUUUCACAGCAACUGGUUGCUUCAGGAUUACAGUGAAGAAGACUUCACAACAUGUCUUCCAUGCUGAUGUAACUUUUGUUGUUCAUGUGUACAAUCUCUCUGAAAGGAGGUUCUCAUCUAUCUUAGUACGUCAAGGCUACACAGAGGUAAACAUGUUGUAGACAUUUUGUUACUUAUUAUUCAUAUCUGAAAGGAUAUAAUUUAUCUGCUAUUAAUUUUGAUAGUUCCCUAUUAUUGUCAAAGAUGUCCAGAAAUUUGAAAGAUUGGUACAUAUUCCACUCAUUUUAAGAGAAGGAGAAAUCAUUUGCUCAACGUCCAUAGCAGCAUGUCAUAUUAUUGUAUGUUGAAGCACACGAGGCCAUUUCAAAUGCCAAAAAUAAAGCCUUUCAUUCUUUAAAACAAAA